CGUGGAGGGUCCGGAUGCCGUCGUCGUGGAGAGAACAGAGUGAAAUUGGAAUGUGAUUAUUAAGAUUCGUGCACUCAACAGAUGACCUCUCAUUCAGGCAGCGAAGGGAUUUCAUAUCUUAACCUUCGGACCGUCCGCUCAGUACUCUGCAGGCUGCAGAUUGGUGGUGCAAGGCGAGGGCUAGAUAGUUUUAUGGGGGUUUUCUUCAUCGGAAUCGUGAAUGGGAGCAGAAGGCUGGAGUCUUGGAUUUCAUGAACGUUGGCUUGCUCACCCUGUUAAUUUGCAGGGGGCUAUAAUUAUGAUUAGAAUUCAGGUUUUAUUGAUGUUAGGUUCUAUGCUUUUUGACGUAGAUGAGGAUUGUCAAGGUGUAGUGGUUGAUCUUUAUUGUUCUUUAG